GACUUGUCGCUGCAGUCAAACGUCUCGAACGAUAAACAGUCUUAAAAAAAAAAACAAUUAUAUUCGUUCGUAUAAAAUUCCGAGAUUAUUGCAGAAAUCUAUUUCUAUAUUUAUUUGUACGUUAUUUAUUUCAUUCAUAAUAUUCUUAAAUUAAUCAUUUUGUAGUGAUUGUUUCAUAGGUUUCUUCUCAAUAAGCGGUACAGUCAUUUAUACGGAAGUUAACCUCAACUAUAUACAGGCAUGGCAUCUGUCAAGUUAUUGGAAGACAGGGUAGUAGAAUUGGAAAAGCAGAUUUAUGGACUUGGGAAGGUAUUGCAGCUAGAUGACCCACUACCAGAAACAUCCAUUACCGAUAAUCUAUUACAUACGAAUACAUUGAUCUCUUCGGCAUUAUCAGGCAGGGAAAAGAUAAAUGAAGCUAUAAAACGAUUGCCAGAGUUGAAUAAACACUUAGAUAUAACUUUGGAAGAAUUAGAUAUGCCUAUAGAAGCUAAAUUGCAUUUAUUACUACUUCUGGAACAAGAAGUUAUUGAUAAUCAUAAGCGUUUAAACGAAAUACAGGAGUUAAUGCCAGUUUUAGAAACAGAUUCUUUAAAAGAUGUUCCAGAAUUAUCUGUAAAACUUAAUGAAUUGUCUUUGAAACAACUGAAGAUACAUGAAGAAACUGAAGUGUUUACAAAAAAUAUGCAUUCUGUCUUUUGUAUGUAUAACGAUGUAAUAGAUAGUAUAUCUAAAACAUUGAUUAGCUUGGAUAAAGAAAUUACACGCGCUGAAACUAGUAAAAAGUAGAAAAGUAGCAGUAUACCAUUAAUUUAUUCUGCAUUUCCAAGAAAAUUAGUUUCUUUGGAGUAGGGGUUACACCGAUGUUUGUAAAGGUAUCGAGUUUAGGAUUAAUUUUAUAUAUAUAUAUAUAUAUAUUUAUUUAUUAUUCAUGGCUUAAAAUAUAAAAAUACUUACGAAUUCAUUGAUGUCUAUACAUAGAUGAAAGUGUUUCAUUAUAGUAUUAUCAUUGAACAAAAAUGAAAUUGUACACUAUUGAACGUGUUUCAUUAUUAGUGUAUCAAUAACAAUGUAUUUUAUUACAAUAAUCAUAUAUACAUUUACCCUA